GCUGCCACAGGGUAGCCGGUCCCGAGUGAGGGGACGCGGGAUCACCCAGAGGUGUCACAUGUUUGUGGGCUUAGCUCUGGAUUAAACACCUUUAAAAGGUUCUUUAGCCUAAGUUUGGGCUGUUGCAGCUGAGUUUAUCGUCGCGCUGUCUUCCUUCCCCCCGCGGCAGAUCCUCACUUAUUUUACCUAAGUUAAGUGAUGGAACCACAUACUAAGGAAAAAAAAUCAUCUUUGGGUCUUUGGUGUUCAUGUUUGUGUGAAAGAAUCUAGGAUGUUCCAAGAAAAUGCGUCAGCCAAUUGCUUAAAUAUAGUAACAACAUCUACUGAGGAUGGUGCUUUCCCAAAAAAAGGCCAAAGUGCUCGAGUCCUUAGCCCAGAAGAAGCAGAAAAACUGGCUAAAGAUCAGGUUUUGGUUUCUGAGUUCAAACAACUAAAACUGGAGAAAGAGGCACAGAAGAACUGGGAUCUGUUUUACAAAAGAAACAGCACCAACUUCUUCAAAGACAGACAUUGGACAACCAGAGAGUUUCAAGAGUUAAAGGCAUGUCGUGAGUUUGCAGAUCAAAAACUGACCAUUCUGGAAGCAGGCUGCGGGGUUGGGAACUGCUUGUUUCCACUCUUAGAAGAAGAUCUGAAUAUUUUUGCAUAUGCCUGUGAUUUCUCUCCUAGAGCUGUUGAGUAUGUGAAGAAAAAUGCCUUAUAUAGUACUGAAAGAUGUAAAGUGUUCCUGUGUGAUCUUACCAAAGAUGAUCUUCUAGACAAUAUACCAGCAGAUUCCGUGGAUGUUGUCACACUUAUAUUUGUGCUUUCUGCCAUUCAUCCUGACAAAAUGCAUCUUGUCCUGAGGAACAUUUACAAGGUAUUAAAACCAGGCAAGUGUGUCCUGUUCCGAGACUAUGGCCUGUAUGAUCAUGCAAUGCUCAGGUUUAAAUCUGGCAGCAAACUUGGGGAAAACUUUUAUGUCAGACAAGAUGGGACAAGAUCGUAUUUUUUUACUGCAGAGUUCUUAUCUCAGCUUUUCAAGGCUGAGGGAUAUGAGCAAGUGGUCAGUGAAUAUGUGCAGCGAGAAACUGUGAAUAGGAAAGAAGACUUGCAUGUUCCAAGAGUUUUUCUUCAAAGCAAAUUUCAAAAGCCUUUCAGUGAGACAUAAGUUCUUGCUGAUUAGCAACAGCAUUGCUUGUUUGAAAUGGAACCUAGCACAUAAACUGUGUGCUUCUCUUUGUGGUGAGCCAAAAAUGAUGGCAUCCAGUACCUCUUGUUGGUUUCCAUCCUAGGAUGCAAAAUAUGAAUGCUAUUUCUAACUGAAUUUUAAGAUGGUUUAGUGAUGCUGGCAACCUGUUGAGCAUCUGUAUUCCUGCUUCUAAAAUAAAACCUGUGCAACAUUGUUGGAGGAUCAGGUAAAGCAUAUAAAUAAA